AGCUGCCGCAGCACCAUGGGCGACGCGCUGUCGCCGCCGCGCCGCAGCGACGCCGUCGUGCGCAAGCUCGAAGAGGCCGCCCUGACCGCCCUGCGCCGCGCUCUACGCCACUGCGCCAGGGCCCAGCGCUGCAGCCCGGGGGCGAUGCUGGCGCGGUUGUUCUACGCGCACGGGCGCGUGUGUGCGUCGCACCCGUGGGAAGUGAUCGUGGGCUUCCUCACGCUCACCAUCUGCCUGCUGUCCAUGGGCUCGGCCUUCCUGGCUGGCAGCCGGCUCUGCGGGUGGUCGCCACAGUGCCAGAUGAGGGAGGAGGACAGAGGCAUGGACGUCGUCGUGAUGACCGUGACGCGCUGCAUGGCCCUGUUGUACGUGUACCACCAGUUCCGGGUACUCUACAAGCUGGGCUCCAAGUACCUCAUAGGCAUAGCAACCAUUUUCACAAUUUUCUCCAGUUUCGUCUUCAGCAGCAGCGUAGUGAAUCUCCUAGAAGGCGACCUGUCUGAACUCAAAGAGGCGCUGCCAUUCUUUCUACUUCUCAUUGAUUUAUCCAAGGCUGGUCUACUGGCCCAGUUUGCUCUCAGCUCCAGCUCGCAGGAGGAGGUACGAGAGAACAUAGCCCGUGGAAUGGCUGUGCUGGGCCCCACGAUCACUCUGGACACCAUCGUUGAGACACUGGUUAUUGGUGUGGGCACCCUUUCAGGUGUGAAACGGCUGGAAGAACUUUGCUGCUUUGCCUGUAUGUCAGCAUUGGUCAACUAUGUUGUCUUCAUGACCUUCUUCCCAGCUUGUUUGUCCUUGGUUCUAGAGUUGUCACGAGACAGAGAAGAGGGACGUCCUGUGUGGCAAUUGAGUACAUUAGCAAGAGUCUUACAACAAGAAGAAGAACAAAAGCCAAAUCCAGUCCUCCAGAGGGUAAAGAUGAUCAUGUCGGCUGGGCUUAUGCUUGUGCACACGCAUAGUCGGUGGAUGGCAGGCAGCCCAGGAACGCAGGGCCCAGACCCCAUUGCAUCUGACAAGCUUGCCUGGGGGCCUUACUUUCAAAGAUGGCUGGCGGUGAGCCCUGAGCAGCUGGUGUUGCUCGUGCUGGCAUCAGCGCUGGCUGUCAAAUACAUCUUCUUUGAGAAUCGGGAGGAGCUAGAGCUGCAUUUUGCACAACAGAGUCACCCGUGGGAAGAGAAGGCUUGCCUAGGCGACUCCACAAACGGUAAGUGUUUCAUGCGGCUUACCCAAACCUGGUUUAAAUGGCUGCUGCUUGUGUAG